AUGUCUAGAAUGGCGCGUUCACCACUUAAGCACGUAAUUUUUCACACUUACAACUUCAUCAACCCUUUGAACAUUUCAUUAGUUUGCAUCAGUAAAUCAAUAUGCGGCAGUCUUUGCCAGUUUGCACUGCGAUAUGAACGGUCAAAUGGAUUAAUAAUGAGUCGGAAAAAAUCAGAGUGCAUAGAAUUGUUGGUUCCAAAGAAUAUAAAUUCAGAACAACGUCCGUCUGCACCAUCGCUUGACUGCACUUUAAGUAGAAAUUAUUCAAAUGAGAAUUAUCGCAAUUUAGUGUCGAAUGGAAUAAUUUACACUUCAGUGUGGCCUGAGAAAAUUCCGCUACUGACUCAGAAGGAACAAGAUGAAUUAAAAGAUGUUUCUUGGUUCCAAGCUGGCUUACCACGAGAAAUUUCUCUCGAAAUUCUUCUCCAACAAAUUCCAGGAUCAUUUCUUGUCCGACAAAGUGAAUCAAAUAAAAAAUAUUUUGCAUUAAAUAUCAAUGCGGAUUACACCAUUGGAGCCACCAAAACUUUCACAUUACUUAAUCGAAAGAACACAGAAAGGAUUUCGAUUUAA